AGAAGCGAGAGCAUAAGCAGGAGUUUUAUAACUUUGGACCGGUUCAAUUGGCAAUCCUGUGCCAACUUCACCACACAAAAAUAGUAUAAGAAGCGGUUCCAGAAAGAAUAGUUUGAUUGAUACUAAUUCCACUUGGCGAAGAAAAUUGUGAGAUCGUGAACCCUAGAAUUUGGACUACGAUUCCUUGAUUCAGCAGCGGCAAUGGAUACAGACGUCGAGAUGGUUCCGACUGGUGAAGAAUUCAACGCUGCAGCAGCAGCACCUUCAUCAGCAUCUGCUGCUUCUUCUUCCACUAAGAAACCUAAACGUUUUGAAAUCAAAAAGUGGAACGCUGUCGCUCUUUGGGCUUGGGAUAUUGUAGUAGACAACUGUGCUAUUUGUAGGAAUCAUAUUAUGGAUCUAUGCAUCGAGUGUCAGGCUAAUCAAGCUAGUGCUACGAGUGAGGAGUGCACUGUUGCUUGGGGUACGUUAUUUGUUUAUUUAAGUUUCAUACAGUUGAGACUGUGAUUGGUGAAAUAAUUC